GGGUUACCUCUACGCAGGGUUGGAAUUCGGUGCCGAGUGUUACUGUGGGCACAAGGUGCAGGCGUCGAACGCCAGCGAGUCCGAGUGCAACAUGGAGUGCAAGGGGGAGAGGAGCAACAUCUGCGGCGGGGGCAACCGCCUGGAGCUGGCCCAGGAGUCCGCACGGAGAUACGGCAGCGCGAUAUUUCGGGGAUGUUUCCGCCAACCAGACAACGUCUCCAUCGCCCUGCCUGUCAGCCAGCUCAUGCCCAACAUGUCGGUGGACAAGUGCGUGGACUUCUGCACCGAGAAGGAAUAUCCACUCUCAGCGCUGGCCGGGACUGCCUGCCACUGUGGUUUCCCCACCACGCUCUUCACCCUGCACGAGCGCGAGGACGAGCAGCUCUGCGCCCAGAAAUGCGCCGGUGAGGAGUUUGAGAGCUGUGGCACUGCUGAAUAUCUCCUCGUCUACCAGACCCAGGUGCAAGACAACCGCUGCAUGGACAGGAGGUUUCUUCCCACCCGUGCCAAGCAGCUGGUGGCCCUGGCCAGCUUCCCGGGUGCCGGCAACACCUGGGCUCGCCACCUCAUCGAGCUGGCCACCGGCUUCUACACCGGCAGCUACUACUUCGAUGGGUCUCUCUAUAACAAAGGGUUCAAGGGCGAGAGGGACCACUGGAGAAGUGGGAGGACAAUCUGUAUCAAAACCCACGAGAGUGGCCAGAAGGAGAUCGAGUCCUUCGAUUCAGCCAUCCUGCUCAUCCGGAACCCCUACAAAGCUCUGAUGGCAGAAUUCAACCGCAAAUACGGGGGACACAUCGGCUUCGCGGCUCACGCCCACUGGAAGGGCAAAGAGUGGCCAGAGUUUGUGGCAAACUACGCGCCGUGGUGGGCGACCCACACCCUCGACUGGCUGCGCUACGGUAAGAAGGUGCUGGUGGUGCAUUUCGAGGACCUGAAGCGGGACCUCUUUGUCCAGCUGCAGCGGAUGGUGGGGCUGCUGGGCAUCCCCGCCUGCCAGGACCGGCUGCUCUGCGUCGAGGGACAGAAGGAUGGCAACUUCAAACGAUCCGGCUUGAGAAAAUUGGAGUAUGACCCUUACACCCCCGAGAUGAGGAAGAUGAUCAGUGGCUACAUCAAAACAGUGGACACGGCUCUGAAACUCCGAAACCUGUCGGGGGUCCCGGAUGACUAUUACCCAAGAUGAUGGUGAUGACAGCGGGGGGACCUGACCCUGCGUGGCGAGGAAAGGCUCGGUCUGCCCGGCCUCUGCCUACUUCCACCCAGUGGGUGGUUUUUCUUUUAACUCUCCAUCUGCUGCUAUUUGCUGUUGAUCAAGUCCCUGCAUG